ACGCGUCCACAGGUGUUUCAUAGGUUGUGGGAGCAGGUGAUGCGUGAGAUAGGGCUUCAGCGGAUCAAUGCGAUCUGUACAGAAUGCGGAGGUCAACAAGAAAGCGGCUCAGAUCUUAGAGAGGCGGACUGACAAAGAUGUUGCGAAGAUACCGUGGGUGUCAUGUGGAGUGCACUAUUGCAGUUUGUUGCUGAAGAACUUGAGCAGUUUGUCAUGGGUGAAGGACAUGGUGAAGACGGUAAACACGAUUAUCAAAUUCAUAAGGAACCACCACGCUACCCACGGCCUCAUGAUGACUAUCGACAACUCCUUGUCAUUGUUGCGCCCAACAGAGGUCCAGUUUGGGUCUAUAAAUCAGAUGCUGAGUAGGUUGGUGAACAGGGAGGGCGUGCUAAAUGAGAUGGUGGAUAAGGAUUAUGGUGCGAGUUGGAGGGCAUUAAGGUGGUCCUCAGCAAAGUUGCAAAGGAAGGCCGACCUCGUCUAUUACUCAGUGAGGUGUGAGAGUUGGUGGGAUAAGGUGAAGAAAAUUGUGGUCAUCAUGGAGCCGGUGUUCAACCUGCACAAGAGAAUGGACAAGGAAGGAGUAUCUCCCACCAACCUUGUGGAGUACGACGCUCUCAUUGCAAGGAGAUUGAGAAAUGUCGUACUCACGAAGGAGCGCGAAGACGUGAUGGUGAAGGUGAAGGACCGCGUGCAGAUGAUGCGACAACCAGCACAUGCAACUGCCUUUCUUUUGGAUCCACGAAGGAGACAGUCUGGCUGGCUCAACGAUCCAGACAGUCCCCUCGUGCAAAAUGCAAUGCGUUUCUUGCUGAGGCAGAUUGGGGGGACGUGGGAUUCACAAAAACACAUUGACAUGUGGGGGUAUCUCUACGAGUUCUUGAGAGAGUCUGUGGAAGGUGAAGUCAGGAAAGAUAAGCAUAUGCGAUCGCCAUCGCUGGGAAUGUGGAGCACUGCAACAUAUGCGGAGCGGAACUGGGCAUCUAUGGACUUUAUCCAGUCAAAGAGGAGGAACAACCUCUCACCGGCGUCCUUGGAGAAACUUGUGUACAUUCAUUGGAACACGCAGUUGCUUCGUGUUCGAACGAGUCAGGACAAUGGCUACGUGGAUGUAUGGGGGUCCUUCUUUGAGCCAUUGAUGGAGCCGACAGAGGAGGACCAAUCUCUCGAGGAUGGCACAACGGAGAAGACUGUGGAUGAAGGGGAGCCUCAGGACGGAAAGAGGCAAAAGAGGUUGAAGAAGGCUCCGAAAGGACGGAUUCCCCACGACCUGUUGGAUGAAGACUCAAGUGGGAGCAGCGAGGUUGAGGAUCUGAUAUGGAAGGGGAAAUGUUGGAAUGAGUCUACUUCGGAGGAUAGCGGUGGUGAGGAUGAUGUUGGUGAGGACUCCGACUUCGAGUUGGGGGUUGUGCCAGCGGUCCCCGUCACUACUUACGUCGGUCGGACGCUCGGGAGGCGAGAGAAGGAGGCAGAGGUGCAGCCUUCAGAACCUGUGGAGAGAGUUGACACGGACAUCGAGUUCUUGAUACACCAUGUCCCUGAUGGUGACCCUGAUGGUGACCGUGAUGAGGACGAGGACGAAGCAGAUAGGGCAAAGGCUAUGGCGGAUAGAGAUGCUGCCCUUGUUCACAUGCGGAUGCUUGAGGAGGCGGCUCGGAGUGCUGCUAUCCCCACCAGGAGGGAGAGAGAGAGACAACGCAAACAGAUCAGCAGCCUGAGAAGCAGCAUCAGGAAGAAAAAGAUCAGCAGCAAGAAAACGAAAAUAUGCAGCAAGAGGGAGAGGAGCCCCAGGGAGAGCAGCCCUAGCAACACGAAGAGGAAAAAAAUCAGCAGUAGGAGGGAGUUGAGCUGCUGGAACAUGCCGAAGAGAACAUGCAGCAACAGGGAGAGGAGCCGCAGCAACCGCCAACCAUGGUGUAUGCACGAAGAGCCCGGGCACAUGCACCGCAACAGCCUGCACCGCCGGAACAACAGGAAGUCCAAACGCUAGUGCCUGCAGCGGCACACCACACCGGCAGACCCCCCUACCCUGCACAGAAUGAGGUUGUGCAGCAUGACAAC